AAAUUUAAGCCACGCCAGUGAUUUAGGCAUAGUGACCAUUUGGAUUAGAAUUUUAAAAUUCUUUUAAAAUACUUUUGAAUAAAAAUUUAUGAGACUGUAUUCAUAAACAUAUCUUUAUGGAUUAGGAGUGGGAUUAAAGUUAAAUAAAAGACAAGUACCCAGGAUUUAGAAUUUCCUCAAGUAUCUGUGAAGCACUACCCAGAGGAAGGAUUUCUGAUCAAAGCUGAAAUGAUUAAGAAAAAGGAAAGAAGAUGAAGAUCCAUGCACGUUUGAUUCAGAGCUGACCAGCAAAGCAAAGCCAUAGAAGUUGGAUCCCUUUCUUCUGUAAGGCUGAUUGCCAGACUGGAUCAAAUGUAUAUGAUACUGGUAACAGCAGGAUUCACCACUGGAAUACUGGGGAAUAUGUUCAUUGGAUUGAUAAACUGCUCUGACUGGGUCAAGAACCAGAAAAUCACCUUCGUCAACUUCAUCCUGAUCUGCUUGGCAGUUUCCAGAAUCAGCUCUCUGCUUGUGGUGUUUACUGAUGCAGUCAUACUACAAGUAGAUCCUCAUGCCUAUCAUUCUUACAGUCUAAUACAAUGUUCUGACAUAUUAUGGGUUGUGACUGAUCAACUGUCUACAUGGUUUGCCACCUGCCUCAGCAUUUUCUACUUCCUCAAAAUUGCCCACUUCUCUCACCCACUUUUCCUCUGGUUGAAGUGGAGAAUGAGAAUUGUGGUUGUUGUUUUUCUUGUAUUUUCUUUGUUCUUACUGAUUUUUUAUUUUCUACUGCUUGAAACACUUCCUAUUUUGAGGGAAAUUCACAUGAUCAUUGAAAGCAAUCUGACUUUAUUUCCAGACACAACUAAGGCUAUUGCUGUUAAAAGCCUAAUUGCUUUUGACCUGAUGUACUUGGUCCCAUUUCUUGUGUCCCUGGCAUCAUUGUUCCUUUUAUUUUUGUCCUUGGUGAAACACUCCAGAAACCUCAACCUCAUUUCCACCAGCUUUGAAGACUCUAGAACCAAGGUCCACAAGAAGGCUAUGAAAAUGCUAUUGUCUUUCCUCAUUCUCUUUAUGCUUCACAUUUUUUUCAUGCAGCUGGCACGCUGGUUAUUUAUUUUUUUCCCAACCAGCAGGUCAACUAAUUUUGUUUUGAUAACAUUAAUUAUCUUUCCAUUAAGUCAUUCAUUUAUUCUGAUCCUGGGGAAUAGCAAGCUUCGGCAUACAGCAUUGAGGGCCCUUCAGCAUGCUAAAAGUCAGUUGCAAGAGAUGAUCCUCUCCUUUCAUAGAUUUUCUGGAAUCUUUACUAAGUGAGUAAGUAAAUGGGAAACCUCAUAAGGUUUUAAUCUCCUAUCAACAUUUCGUGUCAGUACUUAAAAGAACACAGCAGACGACUAAGUGAACAUACAUGAAAGGCUCCUUAAGCAUCUUGUUUUUAUGAUAAUUGGCACACGGGCUAGAAAACACAAAUCUAUCUUUUUCGUUGUCUAUUUACAGCACUGGUAAUCAAAACUAAUAGUCUCAAACAUUUUAACAGGAAUCAAAGAGUUAAUUUCACAGGCAAGAAGUCAUUAUAAUUCACAAGGUAGGUUCACAAAAAUCUAAUAUCAAGGUAGCUUGUAAACCUAAACAGGCAGACGAUACGCGAAAUGUUGAUAGGAAAUUUUAAAAAAAUCUAAAAUUAGAGAGAAAAACAUCACUUCACAGCUUAGAUUAUUUUUAGUUUUCCUUUCAUGUUUUUAGAUUUAUUUGUGUGUAUGAGUAUUUUGUCUGCAUGUGUUCCUGUGCAUCACAUGUAUGCCUGGUGUGCAUUUGGGUCAGAAGAUGGUAUUGAAUUCCCAGGAACUAGAGUUACAGGUCAGUGUGAGUGACUAUGUGAGUUCUGGGAAGUAAACCUGGGUCUUGUGCUAGACAAGUGGUCUUAAUUGCUGAGCCAUCUUUCUAGCCCCAACAGUUUGGAUGACCUGUAUCUGUAUGGAAGGUAUAUGGAACAGUUUGAAUACUUAAGUGUUAGUUUUUUGAAAUAGUAACUUGCUAUAUAGACCAGGCUGGUUUGUUCUAGAAUUAAAGACUUGCACUACCAUGUCUCAUUUCUCAUUUUUCUUAAAUGAAAAAAGCAUAUCUUUGUUAUUAAAGCAUUGUUGAUACUCAUGGAAUAAGGUGAUUAUAUGAGAACAGGAGGAACCUUAGAAGUAUUAUAAAUAUUUUUUCUGAUUCUACACCUUUUCUAAUUUUUCUUAAUUCUAGAGCAGCAUGUAAUACACAGGCAGUAUAUUCACAGUGGCAGAAAUCAGUAUGUCUAUCGUGUUAUGGUCUUGUUAUGGUCUCCCAAAAAUAAAAUUAACCUUUACUUCAGAAUCACAUGUUGCUACUACAAGAUAGCAAGUCUGGGAAUGACAAUGUAUCUGUUCACUCAUUUCAUUUCAAUCUGAUCACCACAGUUCUUAGCACAAGACACAGAUAUUAGAUGAAGAGGGCAAAGUUUAUAAUAAAUGUCAAGUUUAAUGGGGACUGUGGAUGUAUGGUUGUAUUUACAAAGCUGUAAUUUAAGUGUAGAUACGAUAGCUGUAAAUUCCAAAUGAAGCAGUGGGGGAAGUUUACUAUAAUGUUUGCACUGUGAUAGUAGGAAUUAUAACAUUGUACAGAUUCUAGACAUUACACACAGUAUACUAGGCAUUAUAUUUGUUUAUAUAGUCAUAAGGUAAAACAAGCUGCAACGA